AUGCUGGUCUCCAGUGGAGAAAGGCACACUCUGGGUUUCUUCAGCCCCGGGAACUCAACCAAUCGCUACCUCGGAAUCUGGUUCACCAAACUUCCAGACCAAAUCGUAGUCUGGGUCGCCAAUCGAGACAAUCCGAUCAACGACACUUCCGGAUUGCUCUCGAUUGACCCCCAGGGCGGCAUGCUCUUGCACAGCAAGAGCACUGCCGCUCUGUUCUGGUCCACAAAUGUCUCCGUCCUAGGAACCCCAUUGGCCCGACUACUAGACGAAGGAAAUUUCGUCCUGCUUCAGCAGGACGGUGCUGACGAGACGGUUCUGUGGCAGAGCUUCGAUUAUCCGACCGACACGGUCUUGCCCAACAUGGUGCGCAAGACGGGACCGGACCACGCGGUCCGGUCCUGGAAGUCGAGUAACGAUCCCGCGACAGGGGAUUGUUACUACGUCCUGGACCCGAGGGGUUCGCCCGAGCUGAUUCUGUACCGAGGCCGGGCCACCAAAUUGUGGCGGAGCGGACCGUGGAACGGAAUCGCGUGGUCCGGGAUUCCUGAGAUGGCUCGGAUUACGUUCUUCAACGCCACCGUGGUGAUCGACGGAAGCGACACGACUUUCGUUUGGGGGCUUCGUAAUCCUGACAUGAUCGCGCGAUUCUAUCUGGAUCCGACGGGGACGCUGAACCGGGCCGUGUGGCAGGAUAAAGUCGGGAGGUGGAACUUGAUCGCGUACUAUCCCAAGGAGCAAUGUGAUUACUACGGAAACUGCGGGCCGAAUGGGAACUGCGACCCUUACAGAGUUGCAGGGGAUUUCCCCUGCACCUGUCUCCCCGGUUUCGAGCCGAGGUUUCCGAACGACUGGUACUUGAGAGAUGGCUCGGGAGGGUGCGUCAGGAAGCGAACAGGGAACCUGAGUUGUGGUGGGGAUGGGUUUGUGAAACUGGAAAAUGCGAAAGUUCCUGAUACGACAAUGGCACGAUUGAAUGUGGAUAUGGAUUUGGAUGUGUGCGGAGAAGAGUGCUUGAAGAACUGUUCUUGUACGGCUUACGCGAGCUCUAAUUUGGCGAGUGGAGUCGGGUGUGUUACUCUGUACGGGGACUUGGUGGAUACGAGAGUGUUUGCAGGUGAUGGGCAGGACUUGUACGUGCGAGUGGACGCGACAGAAUUAGGUAUGCGCGCACGAAUGUUGGCACCAAGAUUCGAACUAUUCGCAUUUGUUUUGAACCCCCUUCUGAAGACACUAACCAAAUUGAGAUUGUUUAGUUUGUUGAGCUCUUUACUCUUAAGUGAUGCAGGAAGCAGAGGAGGCAUUGCUCAUACUAUUCUGAGAACAAAUUCUGAUUCUCAAAGAGAAAUUUUGUACGAAGACAAAGAUUCAUCGGUACCAAUUUUCGACGUAAAUGACAUAUUUGAUGCCACGGGAAAUUUCUCUUUGGGUAACAAGCUUGGGCAGGGUGGUUUUGGCUCUGUUUAUAAGGGUGUCUUAUUCGAUGGUCAAGAAAUAGCAGUGAAAAGAUUAUCUCAGACUUCAAGACAAGGAAUCGAGGAAUUCAAGAACGAAGUACGCCUAGUCUCCAAACUCCAACACAAAAAUCUAGCAAGACUAUUUGGUUGUUGUAUUCAUGGAGAUGAGAAGAUGUUGGUCUAUGAGUACCUACAAAAUAGAAGUCUCGACUUUUUCAUCUUCGAUAAAACUCAAGGAUUACAAUUGGACUGGCCAAGACGAUUUGAAAUCAUCAUUGGCAUUGCUCGAGGUCUAUUAUAUCUACACCAAGAUUCAAGGCUGAAAAUUAUUCACAGGGAUCUAAAAGCAAGCAAUGUUCUACUAGACGCUGCAAUGAACCCAAAAAUUUCAGAUUUUGGGUUGGCUAGGUUAUUCGGAGAGGAUCAAACAGAGGCGAAUACAAAUAGAGUAGUUGGAACCUACGGGUACAUGUCGCCGGAGUAUGCAAUGGGAGGUCUUUAUUCAACAAAAUCGGAUGCUUUCAGCUUUGGAGUCCUGACACUCGAGAUCUUGAGUGGCAGGAGGAGCAACCAGUGUCACCAAGAAAGUCCUUCAAUUAGCUUGAUUGCUCAUGUGUGGGAGUUGUGGAAAGAAGGAAGAGCAAUGGAUAUAGUGGAUUCAUCAACAUUGGGAGGAUCAGACUCUACAGAUCAAGUCAUGACUAGGUGCGUCCAAAUAGGGCUUUUAUGCGUUCAAGAAUCUCCCGUAGAUCGACCGACCAUGUCAGAUGUCGUCUUUAUGUUGGGCAAUGCAACCACUCUGCCAUCUCCCAAGAAGCCAGCAUUCAUACUCCAAGGAAAGUACGAUGAUAUGGACACCAUCGCCACUGGAUCAUCAGCAAUCCCUUCAACAAACCGUGUGACACUAUCCACUUUGGUACCUCGGUGACACAUAUGAUGCUCCUGAAUCAAUCGAUGUAUCGGAGAAACAAAUUUGAUCACACUAGUUUCUAAAGUUCAGGUGUACUUCAUAUCUUUAAUUGUCC